AUGUCGUCUUCCUCCUCCAGCUCGUCUUCGGGCAAGAAGCACAAAGUGGCCAUUGUAGGCUCGGGCAACUGGGGGUCCGCUAUCGCGCGCAUUGCCGGUCAGAACACCCAGCGCCAUUCGGACGUCUUCCACCCCGAGGUGCAGAUGUACGUCUUCGAAGAGGACUACAAAGGCACACCGCUGUCGAAGGUGAUCAACGAGACGCACGAGAAUCCCAAAUACCUACCUGGGUGUGCGCUGCCGGAAAAUGUCGUUGCGAACCCAGACCCGGUGGACGCAGUCAAGGGGGCUACGAUGCUAGUCUUUGUCCUACCGCAUCAGUUCAUCCAUUCGGUCUGCAAGCAGCUUGCGGGGAAGGUCGAUCCCAACGCACACGCCAUCUCGAUGAUCAAAGGUGUCGAAGUGAAAAAUGGAAAGAUCAGCAUCUUUGCUGACGUCAUCCAAGAAGCGCUAGGUAUCAGUUGUUCCGCUCUGAGCGGAGCGAACAUCGCCAACGAGGUUGCACAGGACAAGUUUAGCGAGACUACAAUCGGUCACCGCGCGGAUGCAAAGGGGAGGGAAAACGCCGAGCUGUUCUUCAAACUCUUCGACACGCCUACGUUCAAAGUGGGGAUCAUCGAGGAUGUUGCUGGUGUCAGCCUGUGUGGUGCUCUCAAGAACGUGGUUGCCAUCGCAGCUGGUUUUACGGACGGGUUGGGCUGGGGAGAUAAUGCGAAAGCCGCAGUGAUGCGCAUUGGGCUCAUGGAGAUGAAGAGGUUCAGCGAGGAGUUCUUCGACGGUGUAAAACCCGAGACGUUCACAGAGACGAGCGCCGGCGUGGCGGAUCUCAUCACCACGUGUCUGGGUGGCAGGAACAGGAAGUGCGCCGAAGCAUUCGUGAAGACGGGCAAACCGUUUGAUCAACUGGAAAAAGAGCUGUUGAACGGGCAGAAGUUGCAGGGAACCGAGACGGCGAGGGAAGUACACGAGUUGUUGGCGGCUAGGGGCAAGGUGGAUGAUUAUCCGCUCUUCAAGGCGGUGUAUUCAAUUGCGUAUGAGGGGAUCGAUGCUCAUGAUUUGACCAGUCGGUUGUAA